AUGAGCCUGGUAAAACUCGACACAUUCCCCAUACUCAAAGAUCUGCACGAACGUAAAGACUUGGAGUUUGUUCUGAUAGACCUCAUCAAUGUCCUGAUGAGGGAGUACGAGGUGACCUGCAUAGCUAUCAUAUGUGAUGAAGUGUACCUCAACGUGUUUAGUGGGCCAUUGUUUAAAAGGACCAGUGCUAUUCCUUAUGUUAUGACUGUCGUGGAAGAUUACGAGGAUCUGUUAUCCCCGAAUUUCGUCACAUUAGAGUCCCUGAGAGCAGCAAGGAAAGAAGGUUGUAACGUUUACGUCAUACUCCUUGCUAACGGACUGCAGGCAUCACGGCUGUUGAGGUUUGGGGACAGGCAUCGUAUUCUCGACACAAGAGCCAAGUUCAUAAUGCUACACGACUUCAGGCUAUUCCACAGCGAACUGCACUACAUAUGGCGAAGAAUAGUCAACAUCAUAUUUAUAAAACACCAUAACAAAAUGACAGGCACAGCAAAAAGCAGGCCAUGGUUUGAACUAUCUACCGUACCAUUCCCUAACCCCAUAAAAGGCGUAUUUGUACCCAGAAGGGUUGACAUUUGGAAAAAUGAAAACUUUCAUUACAAAAGACCCUUGUUUGCGGAUAAAACGAGUAAUUUGAAUGGGGAGGUGUUGAAUGUGGUUUAUUUGGAUCACGUACCAUCUGUGGUGGUGAUGAAAAAUAAUGUCAGUACGAAACUGGGUGGUGUUGAAGUUGAAAUACUCCACACAUUAGCAGAGAAAAUGAACUUCAAACCAAGAGCGUAUCAAGCGGCAAACGCUGAAAUACACAAAUGGGGGCAGAAGCAGCCAAACGGCUCUUUCUCUGGUCUUUUGGGCGAGAUGGUGAAUGGAAGAGCUGAUGUGGCUUUGGGAAACCUGCAGUAUACGCCCUACCACUUGGAACUGACGGACUUGAGCAUACCGUACACCUCUCAGUGUUGGACUUUCUUAACCCCUGAAGCGCUAACUGACAAUUCUUGGAAAACCUUAAUUUUGCCCUUCAAGUUGUACAUGUGGAUCGCUGUACUUCUAGUAUUGCUGAUAACUGGGACCAUCUUCUAUGGACUAGCGAAAAAUCAUAUGAAUCUACAGGAAUACAGAAGGAAAUUCAAAUCUAAACGAAGAAACAGUGACGAUGAGAGUUGGUACAAUCUUAUUUUUGAGGUCAAUAAUGCGUCUAAACUAUUCUAAUCAAAAUCGUGAUUACUUACAGAUACAAAGCCUGGCCUGUAUUUGUUCGGAGAAAUUAUAAACAGUAUACUGUAUACUUACGGUAUGCUGCUCGUCGUGUCCUUACCCAGGCUGCCGAUGGGCUGGUCGAUCCGCCUCUUGACUGGCUGGUACUGGCUCUACUGUAUUCUUCUCGUCGUCUCCUACCGAGCCAGCAUGACUGCAAUACUCGCUAAUCCAGCCCCAAGAGUCACCAUUGACACGCUCAAAGAGCUGGUCGACAGUAAAGUAACUUGCGGAGGUUGGGGAACACAGUCCAAAAAGUUUUUUGAACAGUCUCUGGAUGAGUACAGCCAGAGAAUCGGCGACAAAUUCGAGACCAUUGACGAUCCCAUGGAAGCUGCCAAUAAAGUCGCUCAAGGGGUGUAUGCUUACUACGAUAACUCAGAUUUUCUGAAGUACAUCAGUGUUGUAAGGAAGAAUUCUUUCAUGGAUCCAAAGCAGAACAAUACAGCCAAUAAUACUGAAGUGACCGGACGAAAGGAUACUCAACGAAAUUUGCAUAUCAUGACAGACUGUGUGGUAAACAUACCUAUAUCAAUAGGUUUUCACAAGAACUCGCCUUUGAAGCCAUUGGCUGAUAUUUAUAUGUGGAGAGUAGUUGAAGUUGGGCUUGUGGAAAAGUGGCUGAAUGAUGCAAUGUACCAAAUACGGACUCUUGAAACUAGUGAGGAUGAAGUUAAGGCUCUAAUGAAUCUAAAGAAACUCUAUGGUGCUUUUAUUGCUCUAGCUAUUGGAUACUCACUUAGUGCCAUUUGCUUGAUAGGAGAAUUAAUUCACUGGCACAUCAUAGUGAAACGAGACCCCAACUUUGACAAAUACGCUCUCCACUUAUAUUACCUGCAUAAAAAUAAAAAACACUAGAAUGUAUUU